CCCUCUGGUUCGGAUAUGGAGAGUCGAGGCAGAUCGAUUCUACCAUUCGAUUAUCUUGUAAGAACAUCGAUAAUAAUCGUUUGGUUUCCAACUUUGAAUCUUUACGCAACUACUUUGUAUCUGAUCAAUUACUACCGGUGAUAUUUAACAACACUUACAAAGUUGCUGUUGAAAGAGUGAUAAAAUCAGACGGAUUACUUGGAAAAUAAAGAUCCGUCUCGAUUGAUUAGUGCUACUUGCGAGAUUAAAGUGUAUGGUUCGACAAGGAUAGGUUAGACGAACGAUGCCGCAAGAAAUGAAUAUUUUGCGUUGCUAUUCUUGUAAGAUGUACCAAGUACAUAUAGUCAAGAAAGCACGCAGAUGGCAAUGCAAAUUGUGUAAUGAAAAGCAGUCUGUGAAACAGAUAUAUUUUCAAGGUUCUGGAAAAGACUGUCGUCUUCAUGUCCAACAACUGAAUUCUUUGAAAGCAAACGAGUCUUUAUUCUGUGUUAAUGCUUGUGAACAAGAUGAUGCUAACACCCAUCACAAUUCACCUUCAAAUGUAUCUACUCAAGUGUCGGAUAAUGACAAAGCUGUCGAAAACAAGUGGACUAAGUACUUGGAUUCUCUGAAAAAAGAAGAGCUGUUUGAUACAGGAAACUCAUCUUCUGAAGAUAUUUCUGAAGUUGAAAAUGUAAUGUCAGGUGAGAAAUCUCUGUGUAAUGAUGAGAACAGUGACUCUUGUAGCUCUGACAGGAUCAUAGAUGAUUCUGAUUUUGAAAUUGAGGAUGUGACUGAAGAUGAUGAAGCCAAAGAUUCUCAUUCUAUAAGUUGUAGUAAAAAUUCUGAUCAAUGUGAUAAUUCGCAGGAUAACAAUAAAUCUAGUAAUAAUCAAAAUAAUGUUACCAGUAUUUUUGAAACUUACGAUGAACUGGACAAUUCUCUUGACUUUUAGUUCCUAUAUAAAACCAAUAAAUAUGUCAUCUCAAAUAAAUAUCCAAGCCAUAAUUAGUUUUCUGGAAAGUAAUUUUUAUUACAGAAUUCGGUACAUAAAACAUUCAAGAAAAUAUUUGUGUGGAAUUAUUUCUUUCACAAAUUUCGAUAUCCUACAAUUUCAAAUAAACAUUUUAUUAUUUACCUACUUCUCAUAUACAUGUACAAUAGAGCUUCUGGUAACUGAAUAGUAGUGUGUUUAAUUUAAUGUCUUCUAUAUUUCAAGAAUAAUGUAUUCCGUUUCUAAAUUCUCUAUGUGGCUUAAAUACCUCGUUUCUUUCUGCUACAUUUUCUGUUCAAAUGAAAGUAGGUGAGUAACGAUUUAAUAUGCGAUGCGGGGCUUAAGUAAGGUAGAAUGCUGAU